AUGGACGCUGUUCUGCGUCAGUCCAAGGCCAUGUGCCCCUUCAUGAAGAAGGCCUCUCCUGCCACGCUGCGGGCCCUGUCCACCUCGACCCGACAGGUGCGCCCCCAGGUCGCCUCGCCCUGCGGCGGCACUAUGUCCAAGCUGCAGCUGCUCGCCCACCGCUGCCCCGUCAUGGGACAGGCCCUCGCCGUCCAGUCGGCCAAGUUUGGCCACAUGAGCGGUGGCGGCAUCGCGCGGGGUCUGCACUCCAGCCGCAGCCAGGAGGCGAGGGCCGUCGAGAGCCCUUUGUUCACGCGCGAGAAGAGUAUGUACCAACUUCCGUCGCUUUCCCCCCCCCCCCUCCCCUCCUUCUACUGGACAUGUUUCACUCACCUCUUUGCGUCUCCGGAAAAAAAAACAGUCCAUUCCGCUCCUCUCAAGGCUUCCCCCACCGCCUGUCCCGCUCACACCAACAAGACCGCCGAUGGCAAGUUCAAUUACGAGGCCUACUACGAGGCCGAGCUGGACAAGAAACAUAAGGACAAGUCGUACCGCUACUUCAACAACAUCAACCGGCUGGCUAAGGAGUUUCCACGCGCCCACAUGGCCAACCGUGAGGAGCGCGUCACCGUUUGGUGCGCCAACGACUACCUGGGCAUGGGCCGCAACCCGCACGUCCUGCGCUCCAUGCACGAGACGCUCGACGAGUAUGGCGCCGGCGCCGGCGGCACCCGCAACAUCUCGGGCCACAACAAGCACGCCGUCGAGCUCGAGGCCACCGUCGCCAGACUGCACGCCAAGGAGGCCGCCCUGGUCUUCUCCAGCUGCUAUGUCGCCAACGACGCCACCCUCGCGACCCUGGGCAGCAAGAUGCCCGACUGCGUCAUCCUGUCCGACAGCCUGAACCACGCCUCCAUGAUCCAGGGCAUCCGCCACUCGGGCACCAAGAAGGUCGUCUUCAAGCACAACGACGUGCAGGACCUCGAGGCCAAGCUUGCCGCCCUGCCCCUUCACGUCCCAAAGAUCAUCGCCUUCGAGUCCGUCUACAGCAUGUGCGGCUCCAUCGGCCCUAUCGAAAAGAUCUGCGACCUGGCCGAUAAGUAUGGCGCCAUCACCUUCCUCGACGAAGUCCAUGCCGUUGGCAUGUACGGGCCGCACGGCGCUGGCGUCGCCGAGCACCUCGACUUCGACGCUCACAAGCAGGGCCGACCCCAGGGCACCAUCAUGGACCGUAUCGACAUCAUCACGGGCACGCUUGGCAAGGCUUACGGCUGCGUCGGCGGCUACAUCGCUGGCAGCGCCCAGCUCGUCGACAUGAUCCGAUCCCUCGCGCCCGGAUUUAUCUUUACCACCUCCCUGCCCCCGGCCACCAUGGCCGGCGCCAGGACCGCCAUCGAGUACCAGAUGGACUACCACGGGGACCGCAAGCUCCAGCAGCUCCACACUCGCGCCGUCAAGGCCGCUCUCGAGGAGCGUGACAUCCCUGUGAUCCCCAACCCGAGCCACAUCAUCCCCCUCUUGGUGGGCAAUGCCGAGGUCGCCAAGAAGGCCUCAGACCUACUCCUGCAAAAGUACCAGAUUUACGUGCAGAGCAUCAACUAUCCGACGGUGCCCGUCGGCCAGGAGCGCCUGCGCAUCACUCCCACCCCCGGCCACACCAAGGAGCUCCGGGAUCACCUUGUCAACGCCGUCGAGGCCAUCUGGACCGAGCUCGAUAUCAAGCGCACCUCAGAGUGGGCUGCCGACGGCGGGUUCAUUGGUGUUGGGGAGCCCGGUCUGGCCGCCGAACCGCCGCUGUGGACCGACGCACAGCUUGGCAUCGAGGAGGGCGUCAAGGAGAUCAAGGCCCAGCACGCGCAGGAAGGUGUCCAGAUGAAGAGCGGUGGGGUCCUGGAGAUGCUGCUGGAGCGUGAGAUGAUUGCGAAUCGGCCGGUGACCGUUGCCGCCUAA